AUGCAGCCGCCGCCGCCGCAGGGCUCAGACGACUUCUACGAGCAGCUGAGGCUCCAGGAGGAGCGCAGGCAGCAACAGCAGCAGCAGCAGCAGCAGCAGCACAUGCAGCAGCAGGCCGACGCGCAGCCGCCGCCGCCAGAGGCUUCGGCGCCGCCGCCGCAGGGCGGCUGCGGGCCGCCGCCGUUCCAGCCGCCGCCGCAGGCCGGCUGCGGGCCGCCCCCGUUCCAGCCGCCGCCCCCGCAGGACUCCGGCAGCUUCGGGAAGGGCGACCAGGGCAAGGGCGGCUUCGGCGGCGGCAUGCCGCCGCCCCCGAACGACCCUGGCGGCUGCGGGAAGGGCGACCAGGGCAAGGGCGGCGGCGACCCCUGGGGCGGCGGCGUACCACCGCCCCCGAACGACCCUGGCGGCUUCGGGAAGGGCGAGCAGGGCAAGGGCGGCUUCGGGGACCCCUGGGGCGGCGGCGUACCACCGCCCCCGAACGACCCUGGCGGGUUCGGGAAGGGCGACCAGGGCAAGGGCGGCGGCGACCCCUGGGGCGGCGGCUACCACCGCCGCCGAGCGACCCUGGCGGGUUCGGGAAAGGCGACCAGGGCAAGGGUGGCGGCGACCCCUGGGGCGGCGGCGUACCACCGCCCCCGAACGACCCUGGCGGCUUCGGGAAAGGUGGCUUCGGCAAGGGCGACUUUGGCAGGGGCGACUUUGGCAAGGGCGACUUUGGAAAGGGCGACUUCGGCCAGGGCAAGGGCGACUUUGGUCAGGGCGACUUUGGCAAGGGUGACUUCGGAAAGGGCGACUUCGGUAAAGGCAAGGGGGACUUCGGCUGCAAAGGCGAUCCCGGCAUGGGUAUGUGUGGCGGCUGCAAAGGAGAUUACGGCAAAGGGGACAUGGGCUGCAUGGACGGCAAGGGCGACUUCGGGAAGGGUGGCUGCGACUUCGGGAAGGGCUGCUGGGAUUAUCCUGGCUGCGGGAAGGGCUCCGACUUCGGCAAGUGCCAGGGCGCUUUCGGGCAUGGGCGGCUUCGGCGGCAAGGGCGACUCCAGCGGCAAGGGCUUCGUCGGCUACGGCGCGGACUUCGGCCGCGGUGACAGAGGUCCCAGCUCUGGCGGCCGAGACAGGAGCCGAGACAGGAGCCGAUGCCAGGAGCCGCAGCCGCGACCGCCGGGACCGCAGCCGGGGCCGCCGGAGGCGCAGCCCCAGCCGCAGCCGGAGCCGCGGGAGGCCGUCCGCGGCGGGGGACCGGGGCGUGGGCGGCGGCGGCUCCUCCCCCUCGUCGGGCAAGCUGUUCCUGGGGAGCGUCGCCUUCAACACGAGGGACGAGGACCCCCCCCCUCCGAUCUCCGCGCCGUCUUCGAUCGGGAGCGCAUCCGCGUCAUCAGCGUCAACGUUGCCAUGGACAAGGAGACGGGCAAGUCCAGGGGGUAUGCGUUCGCGGACCUGGAGAACCCGGCCGACGCCGAGCGCGCCGUGAGGGUGCUCGACGGCUUGGAGGUGAACGGCCGUCGCAUCCGGGUCGAGAUCAAGGGCCAGCGCGCGGCGGGGGGCGGGCCGCCCCCCCCGCGGGAGGAGGGCCCGCCGCGCCCGGCGCCGCCACCGCCCGAGGGCGACCCGUACGGCAAGGGGGCCUGGGGCAAGGACGCCUGGUACGGAGGGCCCCCGAUGGGCCCGUGCGGCCCCUGGGGCUUCCCGAAGGGCAUGGGCCCCAUGGGCGACGGCAUGGGCUGCUACGGCAAGGGGGACCCCUCGGGCAAGGGCGACUGGGGCCCCAUGGGCGGCAUGAUGGGCUGCGGCGGCAAGGGCGACUGGGGCCCCAUGGGCUGCAAGGGCGACUUCGGCAAGGGCGACUUCGGCAAGGGCGACUUCGGCAAGGGCCCCGCGGGCUACGGCAACCUCGGCCCGCCGCCCGGCCCGCCGCCCGACGGGCGGGGGCGCGGCGACUACCGGGCGCGGUCCCGCGACCGCGGCGACGACCGCGGCGGCAGGGACCGCGGCGGCAGAGACCGAGACGGAGGCGAUGGCGACCGCGGGGGCUACGACCGCGGCAGGGCUGGUGUUGGGGGGAACGACGGCCCGGCCACCCUCUUCCUGGGCGGCUUGUCCUUCAAGGCGGAGGAGAAGGACAUCCUCGACCUCUUCGACCACCAUCGCAUACGCGUGGCCAAGGUCAAUGUGUCCACCGACCGCGACACUGGCAAGUCGAAGGGCUUCGCCUUCGUGGACUUGCCAGACAGCUCGCAGCUCGACCGGGCCGUCCAGGCCCUCAAUGGUGUGGAGCUGUGCGGCCGGAGGAUGACGGUGGAGGUCAAGGGCGCCAAGGGCGGGGGCGACGUCAGGCCCAGCAUGCCACCGCGGCAGGACUGGACCACGACCGCGGCGGCUCCGAUCGCUUCGGCGGCUCCGACCGCUUCGGCGGCGACCGGGACGACCGCCGUGGCGGCGACUUGGGCUCUGGCAGGGGGCCGCAGCCAUCCAGGAGGAACGAUCACCCGACGAGCGCCGAGGGUGGCACCCAGGUGUUCAUCGGUGGGCUGUCCUUCCAGGCCACCGAGGAGGAGAUCAUGCGGAUUUUCUCCAAGGCGGGCCAGGUUCAGGACCAGGGGACAUCCGGAUCAUCAUGGACAAGGACACCAACAAGCCCAAGGGCUUCGCGUUCGUGGAGUAUGGGAACACGCAG